AUGGGGAAGAAGUCGAUGACGAAGGACCGCGGCUACGUCACCGCGACGGAGUGGCGCGAGGAGGGGGGCGGCUUCAAAGAUCGCGCGGGAGAGGGGAUACCGUUCCGACGCCUUCCGUUCAACUGCUGCGCGGUGUCGUUCCUGCCGUUCGAAGACCCGGUGUGCACGGACGACGGCACGGUCAUGGACAUCAUGCACGCGGUGCCGUACGUGCAGAAGCAUAAGAAGCAUCCGGUGACGGGCGAGCCGCUGGAGCUUAAGCAGCUCACGAAGCUCACGUUUCACAAAAACGACGCGGGCGAGUACGAGUGUCCGGUGCUGAACAAGGUGGGUACUACGUUCACGGACAGCACGCACAUCGUCGCGAUCAAGACGACCGGGAACGUCUUCUGCCGCGCCGCGAUCGACGAGCUGUGCGUCAAGGCGAAGUGCUGGCGGGACCUGCUCACGGACGAGCCGUUCACCCGCAAGGACAUCAUCACGCUGCAGGCGCGUUCUAGUUGUCGCACUGGUGCUCAUACGACCGCGGUCUCUCACUUUCAAUCCCGACACACCUCGACGCCUUUCAACUCCGCUUCUGACGCCUAUGAACUCCACCCCGACGUCGCUUUGAACGAUGGACCCUCGACCCUACAGGACCCGCUGAACCAGAGCGGGAGGACGUUGGACGCGUUCGAGCACGUGAAGAGAGGGCACGACACGAGAGGAGGGGAAGAUGGAACGUCAACCGACGCGGCGGCGCCGACAAACAUGAACGCGCGCGCUAUGAGCGAGGAUAUCAAGCGCGUGCUCCAGGGGCUCGGCACGAGCGACGCGUCAGCCGCGCUCGACGCCGGCGGCGGCGGAAAACGCGCGCAGGCGGAGCGACAGCUGGCGGCGGCGAAAGCCGACGCCGACCAAUCCGGGAAGGACACGUCAGCGGCUGCAGCGAAGGACACGUCGCAUCUGCGCAAGGGUCCGAAGCAGCUGACGCACGUGCUGGAUAACGUCCGGUUCCGCCCCGGGUCGCACACGUGGAACACGGACGGAAGCGACGCGCACGACGCGAGCGCGCACGAGGCGCGUCCUAUGCACUGGUCCCCAUACGACCGCGUGGGCGUGGUGGACGCCGAUCCUUAA